AUGCUCAGCCUACACAUUGCAAAUAACUCAAUUUCCCCGUCUGCGCCCCUGUUUUUGCGCGCGCCUCCGUCCGCGUGUGCGCGAAGAAGUUAUUACGCAGGACACCUCCUACCUUUUUCCCCUCGAACAAAAGACAGCCGCGUCUCACCUGACGAAGCAGCGCCGCAAGUCUCAGAAGAAAGGAUAUUUGGGGAAGAAACGACUGCUAAUUUGAAGGACUACAAAUGAAGACGACCGUACCGAGAGCCAGACAUUGAGGACCGGGCCAGACUCUGAAACGUGCCAUGUGUUGCCCAUGAGGAAGUCCCAGGAGCUUUGACCGACUUGAUUCAUUCUCCAGCCCCACGAAAGUUGCCAUGGAACUGCAGCACAGCGCCAAUCACGACCAAGCGAGCGGUCCUCAGUGGGACUCCACUGAGGACUGCUCGCUCUCCGUCAGUGGGACCACUUUCCUGAUAAUUGCGUACAGCACGGUGAUGGCGGUGGGCCUGGUGGGGAACUCCUGCCUGGUGUUCGUCAUCACGCGGCACAAGGAGAUGCACAAUGUCACCAACAUCCUCAUCACCAACCUGUCCUGCUCGGACAUUCUGAUGUGCAUCAUAUGCCUGCCAGUGACUAUCAUCUACACACUCAUGGACCGCUGGAUCCUUGGAGAAACUUUGUGUAAGCUCACGCCCUUCAUCCAGUGCAUAUCGGUUAGCGUUUCCAUGCUUUCUCUGGUCCUCAUUGCCAUGGAGCGAUACCAGCUCAUUGUCCACCCGACCGGAUGGAAACCUCUGGUAAGGCACUCCUAUGUGGCGGUUGCUGUCAUCUGGAUCGUGGCCUGCCUAAUGUCCGUGCCUUUCCUCUCGUACAGCGUGCUCACCUUGCCUUUCCAGAACCUGAGUAUCCCCGUCAGUGACAACCUUGUUUGUAUGGAGAUGUGGCCGUCCGUACAGCUUCGGCGGGCUUACACCACCUCCCUGCUGGUCUUCCAGUACCUCCUCCCCCUGGCCCUCAUCGCCGUUUGCUACCUGCACGUCUACCUGCGCCUCAGGAGGCGGAAGGAUAUGGUGGAGCGUGGCAGGAACGCCACUCAGAAGAAGAACAAGAGCUCCACCAGGAUCAACAUCAUGUUGGUCUCCAUCGUGGUGGCAGUGGCCCUCUCGUGGUUCCCUCUGAAUGUCUUCAACACCGUCUUUGACUGGGAUCACAACGCGAUCCCGCUUUGCGACCACAACAUCAUCUUCUCGUUCUGCCACCUCACGGCCAUGGCCUCCACCUGCGUCAACCCCAUCAUCUACGGCUUCCUCAACAACAAUUUCCAGAAGCAGCUGAAGUCCACCCUGUUGCAGUGCAGGUGCUGGGGGGCGGCCGAGCGCUACGAGAGCGUCCCGCUCUCCACCGUCAGCACCGAGAUCACCAAGGGCUCAGUCUUAAGCAAUGGAUCCAUCAGCAUCAACACAUAGAUGGGCGUCUUGAGCAAGAGACAGAAAGUGGCCGGUGCCCCUCAACCAUUAUUGUGUCAUAAUUUGUAGAUAACUUUUUUCGUUUAUUCUAACCGAACAGCCGUGCAGGCAAAGCAAACUGGGGACACUUUAUCCAGCUUUCACUCAGUUUUCUUUAUCCAUUAUAAGUCCGCAAGUAAGAGGAAGUAGAUAAGAAAAGGACUGCGCAAAUGUCGGACACAGACAGGUUUUGUGGGAGGACCGAGGACUCCUUGCCGGGCUCAUUUUCAGCCGUAGUCAUGAGCUACGGGCACGUGCGGUGCAAAGGAAGAGAUGCGUGUAUCAUGUUUUCUCUGUUCGGUUUCUCUGAGCCGAAAUCAUAUUAAAAUGAAAGAAACGAGUGUUUUCACAGGCUUGCCUAACCUGCAGUUGCCACUAGAGACUAAAUAAAGGAGACCAACGCCACAACAAAUUCUGCGUUCAUCUUCACAGUUUUACACGGAGGGUAUUGAUGAAAAUAUUACGGGGCUGUGUACUGUGAUGUGCUCAUGAUUAUCAGCAGAGGAGUUUAUUAUGUAACAGAAGGAGAGAGUAUUAGUUCAGCGAAUGUGGCUUCGGGCGUUCAUUCAGUCAAUUGACUUGCAUCAUCGUAAUGCUUUUUUUAUUACCUAAAAUCACCACUAUCGGUGCAACGAUCUCUUACAGAGAACCUUGGUAAGAGCUGUAUACAUCUCACGCUGUCAGCCAAGGUCUGAACUCUAGUAUAUAUGUGUGUGUGUGUGUCAUAAAAUGUACCAUGCAACAAUCAUAUAUCAGCUGCAAUAAAGCAAAUAUAAAAGUGACAGCGAAGGACUCUGUCAGAGCAGGUCUGCUUUAGUGUGUAUAUCACAUGACAGAAUUAUACUUUAUGGAGUGGUAACGAGCACUUUGUAGCGUAGAAUCUUAUGGUAACCUGUUGUUAGUUACUCUGUGGAACUGCAUUAAAUAUUAAUUUACUUCAA